GCCACGGUUUGUAGUUGAAACUUCUAAGCGACACUUCUUUCAUUUUGCUUAAGUUCAAACGUAAAUUCAUUGAUAGCUCGGUGUAUGCUAGCAGAGAUGCUAGAUUCCUGCUAGCUAGCUAGCUACCUACCCUGUUGCCAUGUUUUGCAUUUUUUUUUAAUCCAAAACGUCCACAUAUUUGGCUCGUUAUUCGGCGGAUUUCUGCCAAGCAGCUUUGCUGGUCAUGAGAGCGGCUGAGCCGGAGCACAGUGCUGCUACUGCCGCUCCUGUUUCAUCAUAUCCAGGCUGGUGUUUGGAGGUGGGGUUCCUGUCAAUGCGUCGGUUCUUUAAAAAAAAAAAAUGACAGUGGAGUCGUCGAAAUAUCUGAAUGAUGACACAAUGAGCUCAGAGUGACGAUGCAUAACUCGCCGCUUUUCCAGUGCCUGCAGGAUUUAGGAUACACCGACUUCGAGGCAUGUCCGACGGCAUCGCAGCAGGAGGAAUGUGGAGGACAAGAGGAGGACUUCAUCUCCGCAGGAGAAGACACUCAGGGAGCUUCAAGAGGACGCUUACGGAGACUGGUUGAGGCCUUGUGGACAUGGAGUCCCUUUUUCCAGGCGGGUGGAUCCCAAAAGCUGGAAAAGCAGCUGGACUCGGUGUUCGGUCAGUACUCGGUCCGGUGCAUUCUGGACCAGGACGUCCUGCUGCAGGAGGAUGUGGAGCUGAUCGAGCUGCUGGACCCCAGUCUGCUCUCCCUCAGCUCAUCGCCCUCCGGGUCGCCCACCCGGGCCAGCGCCCUUCCCAAACCCAGCUUCAUCUCCAAGCCUUCCCUCUGGGAUGUGGCAGCGCUGCUGGGCCUGGCUGCAGUCCUGCUGGGGCUCUGCUCCUCCUCCUCCUCUGACGGCCCGUGGCUGCUGGCCGUGGCCCCAUUGGGCCUGACGCUGCUGGGCUGGGCCGGGCUGAGGGGCGCCACCCUGUGGAGACGAGGCCGGAUGCAGAGAGCCGCCCACAGCCGGGCCACGCAGCUCCAGUCUCUGGUCCACGACAGCAAAACUCUGACCGGACUGUCUCGCAAAGCCCUGUGUUUGGUGCAGGAGACCGAGGUCAUCUCCAGAGGAUUCACCCUUUUACUCGACAGGGUGAGUGCGGCCAGCUCCUUUAGCAGGGCGGGGCCGGCGGCGAUGCCACGCGGCCAGCAGCUCAUCGGACUGAGGAAGGCCUUGUACCGGGCUCUCCGCUCAGCCUUUAGAGCCUCUCGGAGGGCCACCUGUCACAUGCUCAAGGCGUUUCCUUUGAACUCUGAGAUCGAUAAUGUUACCAACUACGUGUGCGCGGUUCCUCUGAAAGAGCUGGGACUCGGCUUGGGAAUCGAACAUUUGGGGGACGAGCAGGCGCAGGAGCUGACCGACGACUACAGCCUGCCUGCUCUGAAGAUGCUCUUCCAGCUGUGGGUGGGGCAGAGCUCUGAAUGUUUCCGGCGGUUGGCCCUUCUUCUGUCUCCGUACCGCGCAGACGAGCCGGAGGAGGGCAAGUCCAAAGCGGCCGGCACUCCCCGCCUCCCGAUGCACCGCUCCAUCGCCGCCAUGUCCGAGCCGCUGCACCACGCCCUCGCCAGCUGUCUGGGCGAAGUGCAGCGCAGCUAUGACUUCCAUCGACACUUUGAGACCCAGCCCAGGGCGGCGGGCUCGGACAGGACCGGGCGAGCCCGAGAGAAAUGCCGGGAGCUCAACACCCUGCACACGUCCAUCCGGAGCCUGCAGCUGCACCUCAAGGCCCUGCUGAGCGAGAUGAUCAUCCUGGAGGACGACCUGGAGAAGCUGAUGGUGUCCAGGGAGCUGACGGAGCUGACGCUGGACGGUUACCAGGACCUCAGCGAGCGGCUGCAGCAGCUGCAGCCACACAUGCAGGCCAGCACCAGCUGCUGGGAGGACACCGUCAGCCAGGUGGAGCGCAUGCUGAGACGAGCCAACGCAUGCACAGGUAACCCCCCCCCUCUGGAGCGCUGUGAUCCUCCUGAGCCUGCAGCUCCUGCUCCUCCUCCAUCCUUCCCCUUGAUUCUGGAUAAAGACCCGGUGCCAGAGGAGCUGGAAUGGGAGGCCUACGUGUCCGACUCGGACUCUGACGGGGAAGGAGGGGGGUCAUGGUCGGACGUGUUUUCUCCAGAGGAGCGGGAACGACAGCGGAGGGAGAGGGAGGAGUCCCGCCGCGUCCUGUCGGAGCUCAAAGCUGUCCUGGGCUUCCGUGCGUCCGAGGGGGAGAGGAUGAAGAGGAAACAGCUGCUGUUCAACGACCAAGCUGCUGUUCUGCCAUCGGCUCUUAGUGAAAGUUCAGAUCCUGCGACGGAGCUGUCCGACAAACUCCUAGAUGAAGGAGGGAACCACGUAUCCCAGCCCUCCGCAGGAAACGGAGAGGAGAGAGGGGAAGGAAGAGCUGGCAGGGGGACGCCUGACCCCUCUGCAGACCCCACGACAGAAUUCAGCUGCGGCGUGGAGCACGAGGACCCCGGAGCCACAACGGUCAGCAGCAGAGGAGGGGGAGGAGCCUCAGAACUGCACCAGUAUGAUGGUGUGGAGGGGGAGGGCCAGGAUGCUCUGGAGUGCUUCCUGAGGCCAAAAAUCCUCGCCGUCACCGUGAUGGACAGACUGACUGAGAUGCACGGCUCAGAGACUGUGAGUUUCAGCUCCGCCAUCGCCGCUCAGGUCGCCGCACGCUCGCAAUCGCUGAUGAGCAUGGAGGAGCAGACGUUUGGAGAUGAUGAGGAGGAGGAGCAGGAAGAGGAGGAGAGCAAUAGAAGAACAGGGGAAGGACAAACCUGAAAGCUGACUGCUUUAAUGACUGUGUUCAUGGGUGUUUGUGUCUGAUCCACAAGUCGGUUUCACAGCUUCUGACACCAGACGCUUUCAUCACCAUCGGUCAUCCGUCCACGUCUCGGUUUGUGAAGCCACAGUUCUUAAUGUUGAUGAAACUCAGGUACCAGAACCACAAACACAGAACCUCACCCUGUUCAGGCUAGACCAGCCUUCAGUUUACAACCAGAUAACAGAAACGACAAACGCUCUGGUAAAACCUGUGAUCAGACAAUGAUUUUCACUGUGGAUUUGUUUAUGUUGACAUGGAGACAUUAUAUUUAUGUCCUGCAGCAGUUCUGGACUGCAGGGGCCAGAUUGUUUUCACAAUUCUUCAUUUCAUUUUAAAAUAUAUAUCCUUGCUACAUUCUGAGAACCUUACAAAAGUAGCACGCAACGAGCACUUGUUAAAAAUAAAUAAAUAAAAGUGAUGACAUCACUGUGGGAGAAACCAUUCAAAAAAUAAAUGGGGCCAAAAUCUCCAACGGGGCUCCAAAAAUAUUUCAAAAUCCACUAACAAAGCAAAACACACUUGUCAGAGAUAUCCUGGUAGUUUUAAAAAAUAUUAUGGUUGGACACAGGGCCUAAAAUUUUUUCCACUUUUCCAAAAAUGUUUGUUCAAGCGAUCUUCACAAAAGGCCACUAUCUUGAAUUUUCCAAACAAAAUUCCUUUUGAGUACCUUCUACAAAUUUAAACUCCUCCUUUGGAUUUCAAUCUACAGCCUCAUAACUCCUCAAAAAACCUUUGUUGCUAGGGAAAUCCAAAAAUUGACUUUGGCUGAUUCUUCUAAAAAUGACAUAGAUCUAUUCGUCACCUCCAGGCGACCAAAAAAUAAAAUGGUUGCUAUGAGAUAAAACUAACAGAAAAGCUGCCAUUUGGAAAAAAUAAAGAACAUUUUCUUAUGAAUUUGUCUCUGAUCGGGCUGUAGCAGCUGCUCAGUCAAUGAGAGCGGGGGUGGGUAGAGUCUGUAGGCUCAGCUUUCAGCAGUUUAGUUCGAUUUUUGUGAAUUUUUUAUGAAUAAUUACAGUAAAACCCAUUAAAUCAAAAUAGGUUUUGUUCAAGCAGUCUUCAAAAGAUUUUUCACACAUGCCACCAGGUGAAGUCUCCAACCACAACCAAGUUUUGUUGACCUUCGACCUCGGGAAGAGGCCACUAUAAAAAAAAUUAAAAAUCCUUUAGUACCUUCUACAAAUCUAAACUCCUCCUUGGGAUUUCAAUCUACCGCAUCAUAACUACUCUAAUAUCAUUGGGAAGCUACUUGAGGGGGUAAAAAUGUUGGUUGUAAUGUUAGUGAGCUAGCAAAAGUGACAUUUCCCUGUUGCUCGCACGGUUUUUACCGAAAUAAUGUGAAGCAUGAAAUACUUGAUUCCUUGGCUCAAGCUGGACAAAACAAUGUCACAUAUGAAAUGAAUAUAUUACUAAUGUGGUCGUCGUUAACAAAAAAGCUUUGUUGCUAAGGAAAGACAAAAUUUUACUUUGGCUGAUUCUUCUAAAAAUUCCAUAGAUCUGUUUGCCACUUCCAGGCAACCAAAAAAUAAAAUGGUUGCUAUGGAGAUAAACCAAAAGGAUAGCCGCCAUUUUGAAAAAAGUUCUUCUAGUGAUUUUGUCACAUGCAGAUUGAAUCAGGGGGGUGAGAGAGGGGUGGGUAGGGCCAGUAGACUGAAUUUUGAGCAGUAUGUUUAGUCUGAUUUUUGUUAGUUUUUAAUAAUUAUUAGGGUAAGACCCAUUAAAUCUAAACAAGUUUUGGAUUGUUACUGAAAAACAUUUCCAGAUUCUAAUUUAACAUGAACAUCUAACAAUGAAAUUCAACCAAUCUCUGUCUGAUGUCACACUGUGAACCCUCUGCUGAUUUCUUACAGACGUGUAUAAAGUUUGCAGAAAGACUCAAAGGAGGGUUAUUUUUUUUUUCUCUUAGAAUCGAGGUUCAGUCUGGCCCCUUUCUGUAAUCCAUCUCUGUGACACAACAGAGGUGUCAUAUGGCUGAAAUCACAAUCCUUUUCCAGGUAAUAUAUUAGAAAAAAACUGUUGUAAUCUAAGAACUUGUGAAAAAAUGACAGAAACUUCUCAACGUCGGUGUCUGCUCAGUGGAAUCGUGCAGAGCUGAAUAGUUUCAUUGAAUGUAGUUCGGUGUGGUGAGGCUUUUUCUUGAACUAAUGGGUCUGGAGAAGUCCCAACGUCCACUCCCUCCACCAUCACUGGUCGUUUUGUCACCAUGUUUGCCUUUGUCCCUCCACCUCCUGCGUUUUCCAGCGUGAAAUAAAACACCAUCCUGGAAAUGUU